AAAUAAAAAAGCAAUUUCAACUGCUGCAAGGGAAGUAUUACGGUACAUUUCCCUCUCCAUUCCCAACACCAGAUUAGUCUAACGUAGAAAAAGUGAAUAGGAUAUUGAGGAUAUCACAACAUGUGUACUCGCCAUAGAUGAUGUAGGGCGUCGUUUGAACGCGAGUUACCCCGUUGCUUUCACCGAAAAUAUCCCGAGCACUGCAGCAUCAGCAUCAGAAGCAGCAGCAGCCGAUGCGCAGGUGCCGCCUUUAAAGAGACCGCGCACUCGAGUUUCCCGUCCUGCUGGGUAGGCUGUAAUUUCCCUUUGUUUAAGUUUUUUGUCUCCGUUAUCUCCAUCCCCACCCGUUUCUUUGCUUCCCUACAAAGCAAUCUCAAAGAAAAGGGGUUCUAAAUUUAGUUUUAACAUACGCUUUGAUCCUCCUGCCCCACAAAAAAAAAAAAAAAAAAACAUCCCUGUUGCUGGAGAUCACAAAAACAGAGUAUUAUCAUAAAAGUUUUGCUAUUUAACCUGCACGAAAAAUUCUGAUAUCUAUAUAUGGACAUACAGAAGGCUACGGAGAUCUCCGAGCAGGCAAUAAAAGACACUGUUGCACCUGGUUGAAUUUUCUCUUGGAUCAUGGAAAACCUGAGAUCUCCACCUGUCCCGUGACCAUAAGAUGGCAUCAGGCCAGCCCUGCCAUCACUUCCUGCAUGGGGCUUUGGAAUAUAAACAACUCACAACAGCCCAGUAUGCCUUGCGCGUCCACCACCAUCACAAAUAAACCAAACACAGUAAUUGAUUAAUCAGAAGAUAAAUCUUAUUUUUGGCGGGAAAUGGGCAUUCCCAAAACUUCUUGCGCGAACCACAACAUUUAGACUACGUUUUAUUUAGGAAAUGCUUAUUCUCUUUUUCUUUUGUUUUUGUUGUCAGUUGUGUAUAGAUACUUUUAAGUGUUUUAUGGUGUUUAUUGUUUAUGUCACUAUUUGAGUCUCUUGUGUGUUUAUGUGACCAACAUUGAUUUGCAAUUCUUAUUUGUUGGCUAUAUUAGGCUAGUUAUAGCAACCACAGCUGCAAGAAUUAACAACAAAUUUAUCCCCCAAACAAUUUACAUCGCAGAAUCUUGCUGUUUUUUUUUUAUUUAAUUUUUUUUACAUGUAACCCUUAAACACAAGCAAGGCAUCACGUUCAAUAUAUCACAACCACUUCAAUCGUCCUCCUGUGUAAAACGGGCUUUUUGUCUCUGACAAGAGCUUACGCCCAGUGCUACAGAUCGCCGGGCGUGCCAGGGCUCCUCUGUUUCACACUGCGGUGCAGCAUCCGGAGGACCGGCAGGAUGAGCACAGCUCCUCUCAACACGGCUCCAUACGCCUACUGGAUGACUGUUAACGCACAGUGAUCGACUCACGGUUUGCCCUUCCGUCAGCUGUCCGAAAUGAAACUUCUGGUUUAACACGGAUGCUGCAUCUUUUUAAUUAUGCACCACUGUUAUGUUUGUAUUGGAUAGGAAUCGUCAUGGUAUCUUUCAAAGGGACGCUAUGAAUGUGAGGUGUAGCGGCUUUCUGAAGGAGAAGAGCAUCCUCUCCGUCACCGGUGAGCGGGAUCGGGCGUGUAACGGAGCAUCCUUUUUCUCAGCUGGACUCCUGUUGCAGAACCCUGUGUGUGUACAUAUCAUGCUCUUGAGCUCAAAGUAAUGAAUUGGAUAUUUUUAUAAGGAAACACGCAGCCAGAGAGACUCGACGCGUCAAAAGAAAAAAUAAAGCUCUUGGUAUGGCUGCGAGGUCCUUAGAGCCGGGGUCUGUUUCCAUUCCCAUGGAGGAGACCAAGCAUGCGGGAGGAGCUCCUCCAGAUGCUGCCAUGCUGACCCACCUGAAGAAGGUGGAGAACCAUAUCACAGAGGCACAGAGGUUUUCUCACCUGCCUCAGCGUUCAGCAGUGGACUUGGAGUUUACAGAGCUCUCCUACACCAUCCGUGAGGGCCCCUGUUGGAGGAGGCGAGGAUUUAAGGCCCUCCUGAAAUGUCUUUCUGGAAAAUUCUGCAGUCGGGAGCUCAUCGGAAUCAUGGGACCCUCGGGGGCUGGCAAGUCCACUCUCAUGAACAUUCUUGCCGGCUACAGAGAGACAGGCAUGAAAGGUCAGAUCCUGGUAAAUGGACGACCCCGUGACCUCCGCACCUUCAGAAAAAUGUCGUGUUACAUCAUGCAAGAUGACAUGCUACUGCCACAUCUAACUACACGAGAGGCAAUGAUGGUUUCAGCUAACCUUAAACUUAACGAAACCAUGGAAGUGAAAAAAGAACUGGUGAAUGAGAUCCUCACAGCAUUAGGACUGCAGGAGUGCGCUCACACUCGCACCAUUUCUCUGUCUGGUGGCCAGUGUAAACGGUUGGCUAUUGCUCAGGAGCUGGUCAAUAACCCACCUGUCAUGUUUUUUGAUGAGCCCACCAGUGGCCUAGACAGUGCAUCCUGUUUCCAGGUAGUGUCCUUGAUGAAAUCUCUGGCUCAAGGAGGUAGAACCAUCAUCUGUACCAUCCACCAGCCAAGUGCUAAGCUAUUUGAAAUGUUUGACAAGCUUUAUAUCCUGAGUCAAGGUCAGUGUAUAUAUAAAGGAACAGUACCGAACCUUAUUCCCUACCUGAAAAACCUUGGACUCCACUGCCCUACGUACCACAAUCCUGCAGACUUUAUAAUCGAGGUCGCCUCAGGAGAGUAUGGUGAUCUUAACCCGGUGCUCUUUGAGGCUGUUCAGGGAGGCCUAUGUUCAGAUGAGGGCAAGAAGAAUUCCAGGGACAAGAAUGACGCCACCACAUCACGUCCCUCCCAGUGUUAUAAUGAUUCAGGCUACAUUGAGAAACACACUUUUGCCACCAGUACUCUCACACAGUUCUGCAUCCUCUUCAAGAGAACCUUCAUCACUAUAUGCAGGGACAUGGUAUUAACCCACCUAAGAGUGAUGUCACACCUGUGUAUUGGUGUGCUGAUUGGUCUGCUGUACCUAAACAUUGGGAAUGAUGCCAGUAAAGUGUUCAACAACACUGGCUUCCUGUUCUUCUCCAUGCUGUUUCUCAUGUUUGCUGCACUCAUGCCCACCGUCCUGACAUUUCCACUGGAGAUGUCUGUGUUUAUAAGGGAGCAUCUUAAUUAUUGGUACAGUCUAAAGGCAUAUUACCUGGCCAAGACCAUGGCUGACAUUCCAUUCCAGGUAAUUUGUCCGAUAAUGUACUGCAGUAUAGUGUACUGGAUGACAGAGCAGCCUCCAGAGGCAGGCAGAUAUGUGCUCUUUAUGGCCCUGUCCACCUCCACUGCCCUAGUGGCUCAGUCUCUGGGGCUUCUCAUUGGAGCUGCAUCCACCUCCCUACAGGUUGCCACAUUCGUAGGUCCGGUCUCUGCCAUCCCAGUCCUUCUGUUCUCUGGCUUCUUUGUCAACUUUGACACUAUCCCCAAAUACCUUCAAUGGAGCUCCUAUGUGUCAUAUGUCAGGUAUGGUUUUGAGGGUGUGAUCCUCUCCAUCUAUGGCAUGAACCGCUCAGAGCUGGACUGUCCCGGCUUGGUGUGCAAGUUCCAGAAACCGGAGGAGGUGCUGCAGCUCCUGGAUGUGGAGGAUGCUAAGCUCUACGUGGAUUUUAUUGUUCUGGGGGUCUUCUUCUUAAUUCUGAGACUUGCCACUUACCUAGUUCUGCGUUAUAAAGUCAAGUCAGAACGUUAGGGCCAAACUCAUCAUGAGAUAUAAAUUUAAUUUCACAUACACCCAUAACCUCUCAUAAAUGCACAUAAUGAUCUUUUUGCAAUGGACACAGAAGCCAAUGCACAUUGAUUUCAGGGCCAUUGUUUUAUCUUCAGUUUUUGUUACUUGAUAUAUAAUUUUAAUUUUCUAAGUAAAUAAUAGUAUAUUAAAAUAGAUUUUUUUAUUUUAUUUCAUUAAAAUUUUUGAAUGUAUUCCAUGCAGUAACAGUGUAAAUGCAUUUUACCCAUUACUGAAUUUUGAAGCAUGAGUCUCUAUUGACAGGACUGGGUGUAUUUGUAAUGACAAUCCCAUGACAGCUCCCAAUAGCAUGUGGAUUGGCCAACAGCCAACAUGUGAGUGUCUUUAUACCAUAUUAAAGGAUCAUCACAUUGUCUUUCUGUUAAUGCAUUUAAUUUCGACUGAAGAACGUCAUCAAAAUGUGUUUUUGGAAGAGAGUGCACUGCAUGUUUGGGCCAUUUGAGGACAUGCAAGCAGAAGAAGCAAGAAGUGUGCAUGGAGAAUUUGGGAUAUUACAAACUAAGAGAAAUAAUCGUCCAACCAGCGUAUCUUCAAUUCCAUUUUUGUCAUCCCACAAUCCACUGAAUUUAAGUAGAAUAACACCUUCUGCUGAAUAUUAAGACUUUCAUGAUCUCCCAAGGCAAUUCUGGGCAAAGCAUCAACGUCAACCUGAAUCUAACCAUUUGAGGAAUGUUGCAGCAAGUGCCCUUGAUGUGAACUGCCUAUAAUUUUUUUUUUUUUCUGAGGGGGAACUGGAAUACCUUGCUGGAGAAACAUUUAGGCAUUUUGUCAGUAUUAAUAUGUCCUGUUACCUUGAAUUCUCUUUCAACUGCCUCUGUGGUAUCCUGUGAGAGAAACAUACAAUAGUUUGUGGGCCUUUGCUCUCUCGUUUUCAUCAGGAGGGAUCAAACCUUUAACUUGUAUAGUACAAAAACUAACCUACAGUGACCAAAAAUAUGUCAAUCAGCUAAUCACAAAGCACCACUGAACUGACUGCAUUUAGCUAAAAGCAGAACAUAUCAAAUGUCAGAAAAUCAUUUGCAAUUCUAAUCUUAUUAAACAUCUUAUGCGAACAUCCAUUCCUGUACAAACAGCACUCGCUGGCCUGUUUCUUUUGACUUUUUUUUGCAACUGUUGCCUGGACAUCUAAUCCGCAUUGUUGAGAAUGUCAGGACAUGUGCAGUUAGUUGCAAGUGACACAAUCCGAUAUCUGGAUAGAGAUGCUGGAUGAACACUUUAUGCCAUUCCAUGGAUAAAUAUCUUGUUUGGACCUGUAUGUACACUUCCUCUUCCCUGCUUCUCCCUUCUAGCAUCCAGGCAAUUUAAUACUGCAAUGCAAUGCAAACAUCUUUUCAAAUGACUCCGUGUAACUCUGGAAAUCUUCUAUGUGUUAUUUCUCCUUAUAUAAUAAAGACUACUAAUAAUCUGAAUAUAUACACAAUGAAAAGUAAAUGUGUUAUGUUUUAAGCAAGAUUGUAAAUACAUGUAUGCACUUUUUUUUUACGUUGUUUUAUUGGAACUUUUCUGGACAUUUGUUUGUAAUUAAUUUUAUUUUUAUAUCCGUAAAUAUGACAUGCAAUUCUGGAAAAGGGAGUAUUGUGACUGGAAAAUGCAAGACAAAUUUAAAAAAAUCAAAACACAACACACUGUGACUGAGGAAUUUAUGAUGUACAUGUGUUGUAAUCCAAAAAAUACUCCCUAAAUUAUUGACAAAUCUGCAGCGGAUUUAUUUUAAGACAUCUUUGUAUUGUUUUAGAAUUUCACCACUGGGCGAGCUGACUCUGUUUUGAGCCAUGUAGGAAAACGGCCUCGAGAAAGUGUUUGCAUUUAGUAGAGUUUAGUUCUAACACACAGUACUGUAAGGUAUGAUUGCUCUUUUUCCAGAACAAUAUGUCUGCUGAAACAUUGCACAGUUUUAAAGUUGAUCUUUUGGUCAUUCUGCAAAAUAAGAAUAGCUGCUGUAAAAUCAUUUUUGCUUUUUUGCCAUAUGGUAUACCCAGGGAAAAACUAGGCCAACUCCUGGUUGUAGAUGUUUUUGCAGGAGCACAGGUUCCAUUUUCAAAAAAGUUGCUUUAGAGAGCAAGAGAUCAAUUAAGCUAUUAGCUGCUCAACAGUCAACAAUCCAGUUUUCAAUAUUGCUUAACAAGUUAUGUGUUCUAUUUCCUUUUGAGUAUUUGGAGAGGUUAGAAUAAGGAAAUGUUCACCAUCAAGAAUCGGUCUUCUAAUGGUACACCGAUAUGUAGCAUAGAGAGUUGGGUAAUACCUGUUUCUAAUAGCAAUAGUAUUGUUCUGUGCCUAGUGAGUGAUAUUUCUUAUCUAAUCCCUGAAUAUUCAACAUAUUUCCAGUGACCAUCUGUCAAAUCUCUAUUGUGUAAAAUAAUUUUGCGUGUCUAUCAUUAGUAUGUGUCGAUAUGGGUUUCUGUAUGCAGAGUCUCAGCUGAGAGAUGUUGAGAGACAACUGGAUUAGAUCAUAUUUCACACAUUUAUAUUUAAUUAUAUUUCUUUUUCCUUUAAGCAAAAUUAACUUUUUUUUUUGUUACCCAGAAUGGAUGACUUAACAAAUAAGAAGCAUUUGAUGGUUUUCUCCCAGAUUUGAAAAUAAGAACAUAAGCAGGUAGAGUGCAAAUUCAUUUUGGAGAUAUUGAAAAACAUUUUUUGUUGAUUUGGUUUUGUGUUUGAAAAUAUUUUUCGAGAUUUUGGCUUGCACAACAAUGAGAGUUAAUGCAGUUUGCUUCCCAGUUUUGCUGCAUAACUAUGUUCACUUCAUCAGAAAUGCAAGUUAUGAGUGCUAAAUCCUUUUCAAAUUAUUAUAAUAAAUGCAU